AACAGGAAACGCGGGGCGGGUUUUAAUGGAGGAGGAAUCGAACCUGUGGAAGGAAAAGCAGCCAAAACAGAAAAGCAUCCUCCAGCAGCGGCAGCAGCGGAGAAUCACUCACCGCAGAGGCCGAGUGUGGAGCACUGACAGCCGGGCAGAGGAGCGGACACAGGCCGGAUGUUGUGGCUGAAGUCAGAGAAGAAGAGUGAGGCAGAAAAGAUGGAGACCACAGUUUGAACAUCGACCUCAGUGAAGUGAAAUCACAGCUCAGCUCAGAAACACCUGUGACCAUGGCAGAGAUGCUGUUUGGCUUUUCGGCCAACAGGCGCAUCCUCGCCGGGCUGCUGGUCAACCUGCUGUCCUCCAUCUGCAUCGUCUUUAUCAACAAGUGGAUCUACGUACACUACGGCUUCCCCAACAUGACCUUGACCCUCGUCCACUUCGUGGUCACCUGGCUCGGACUCUUCAUCUGCCACCAAAUGGACGUCUUCUCUCCUAAAAGCCUCCCGGUGCGCAGGAUCGUGUGGCUGGCUCUGAGCUUCUGCGGGUUCGUGGCCUUCACCAACCUCUCCCUGCAGAACAACUCGAUAGGGACGUACCAGCUGGCGAAAGCCAUGACCACGCCCGUCAUCAUUCUCAUCCAGACCACCUACUACAAGAAGACCUUCUCCACCAAGAUCAAACUGACACUGGUGCCCAUCACAUUGGGGGUGAUAUUGAACUCUUACUACGAUGUGCGGUUCAACCUGCUGGGGACAGUGUUUGCUUCGCUGGGAGUUCUGGUGACAUCGCUUUACCAAGUUUGGGUCGGAGCUAAACAACAUGAGCUCCAGGUGAAUUCCAUGCAGCUUCUGUACUAUCAGGCUCCUCUGUCGUCAGGCUUCCUGCUCUGUGUCGUUCCUUUGUUUGAGCCGCUGAGUGGAGACGGAGGAAUAUUUGGACCGUGGUCGCUGCCUGCUCUGAUGACAGUGCUGUUCUCAGGUGUGGUGGCGUUCCUCGUCAACCUGUCCAUCUACUGGAUCAUUGGAAAUACCUCAGCUGUCACCUACAACAUGUUUGGUCAUUUUAAAUUCUGCAUCACUCUGAUUGGAGGAUACCUGCUCUUCCAUGACCCGCUGUCACUCAACCAGGCUUUGGGGAUCCUCUGCACGCUGGCAGGUAUCCUGUCUUACACUCACAUCAAGCUAGCCGAGCAGGAGGAGGGGAAGAGCCGCCUGGCUCAAAGACCGUAGGAUUAUUUACCAAGUGCACAGACUCCUGCCGUUGGCUGAUGGCAGAGGCUCCUUUUUAUAUCUAAAUAUUUUAUUAUGAGUAUUUUUUCAAGAGAGUAAGGGAUUUCAUGGUGGUUCCCAGACGGGAGUAAAUGCGUACGACACGGUAAGUGGGCUGAGUUAAAGAGAUGUGAACGACCCGUCGAGCAAAGGCAUCAAACCAUCAUCUGCUUCUGGUGGCAGGUACUGCCAUGAAAACAAUAUAAUAAUAUUAAUAAUAAGAGUAAAAUAAUUAUAAUGAUUUUUUUUCCUUCUUUUUUAAAAUGUGUCCAGAAGAAUAUUUCUUCUGUUUGUCUCUAAAAGUUAAACUCAACAUGAACAAUUUUCUCGACUGAUUUCACAGUUAUGAAAAAAUGACUGAGCCUUUAAACAGAGCCGAUAUCAAACAGCAGGACCAGAAACCACAUCAGUUCACAUUCAAUAGUUUUAAUUUAAACAGAAGAGUUAAUUCUGUCUUUCAGUUUCCAGUUUUGUUCCCUCAGUGUUAGUUAGGUUAUUUGAAUUUUUCAGUAUUUUGUAUAAUUUUUUUUUAUAGAAUCUAAAGUAUUACAUUUUAUCGUGAUGAGCUUCUUCACACACACUUUACUGAGACAUACAGAUUUCUACUUUUCUCCUCUGGUGAAAACAUUUCAGAUGCAAACGUUGACCUCGGAUCACUGACGGUGAUAGCUGACGUCUGUUGUGUAUUUAAUAUUUAAAAAGUGUUGACUUCAGUCAGUGAUUUUACUGAUGUAUUAAAAAUCAAAAUGUUCUGCUUCAACAGUGAUUAUCAUGACAAGAAGUGUCUUAUUAUUGACUGGACAAUGUCUCUGUGAUGUAACGAUGCCUCGCCGUGUAAAGUCUGUCUGAAUCACGACAGAUUCACUGUUUUUCUUUCUCUUCUCUGUGUUGAAUUUGUUAUUUCUGCUGAAUAAAACUGAUUUAGUGAUUUUA